AUGCGCCUCGGUGUUGUACCUAGGUUUAGCGAGUCUGGGGGUCUGGUGACCGGGUUCCCCGCUAUAACGGAAGGUAUAUUUUGGACGGUCUUCCUUGCCCUUCUGCGAGCGAGCGCAAAAAAUCGACAUACCUCAGCCAUGGCGAAAGGCUAUAAUGCUGCGAUUGCUUCGAAUCCGUAUGUCGUGGGCUCCUUUGCCUGCAUCGGAGGUGCCCUCUUCGGUUUCGACAUCUCGUCGAUGUCGGCCGUCCUCAGUAACUCUGCGUACAGCCGCACAUUCGGCAAUCCCGACCCGAAUGCCCAAGGCGCUAUCGUAGCUUCUAUGCCCGCUGGUUCUUUAGUCGGCGCCCUCGCUGUGACACAACUCGCCGAUCGCCUGGGUAGAAAGAGGACAAUCAUUCUCGCCGGUAUAAUCUGGGUUAUCGGCUCGAUCUUGCAAUGUGCUGCACAAAACCGUGGAAUGCUUGUCGUUGGCCGCAUUAUCUCUGGUCUCUCAGUCGGUAUAUCGAGUGCCAUCGUGCCUAUUUAUCAGUCCGAAAUCACCGCGCCAUCAAUCCGCGGGAGAAUGGUUUCGUUGCAGCAAUGGUCUAUUACCUGGGGUAUUCUCAUUCAAUACUUCAUUGCUUUUGGAUGUUCCUAUAUCAAUGGGACUGCCUCUUUCCGUAUUCCAUGGGGUCUUCAGAUGAUACCCGCCAUCAUCCUGAGUCUCGGUAUGACAAUGUUCCCAGAGAGCCCUCGUUGGCUCUUUGAUCAGGGACGUGAAGAGGAAGCGUUGGAGAUCCUUGCUGACCUUCACGGUGGAGGAGAUACAUCCAACGAGCUCGUCGUACUCGAGUUCGAGGAAAUCAAGCAACAAGUCUACUUCGAGCGCCAAGAAGGCGCCAAAUCCUACCUCGAUUUGCUCAAACCUGGCAUAUUCCGCCGCGUCGUACUGGGAACCUCUCUGCAGAUGUGGUCCCAGCUGUCCGGCAUGAACAUCAUGAUGUACUACAUCAUCUAUGUUUUCCAAGGUGCCGGUCUGACCGGACGGCGCGGCAACCUCAUCGCCGAUUCCGUUCAAUAUGUCCUCAACGUGGCUUUCACCAUACCUGCUAUCUAUUACAUUGACCGAUGGGGUCGUCGACCCAUGCUAUUGAUAGGAACGUGCCUCAUGGGAUUCUGGCUGAUGCUCGUUGGAGGUCUACAGGCUAGAUUCGGACACUGGGGAACGAUUGAUGACAGCGCUGUGUGGGUCAUCGAGAACAACGACGCCGCGACGAAAGCUAUCAUUGUAUGUUCAUACUUCUUCGUCUGCAGCUUCGCUAUCACUAUGGGACCCGUGUCGUGGACGUACCCCGCCGAAAUAUUCCCCAUGAAAGUCAGAGGGAAAGCUGUCUCAAUCUCCACGGCCAACUGGACCUUUAACUUUGUCCUCGCUUGGGCCGUCCCUCCCGGGCUUGCUAAUAUUGCGUGGAAGACUUACUUCAUCUUUGGCACGUUCAACUUCGCCGCCAUGAUUCACAUAUUUUUCAUGUUCCCCGAAACAAAGCAACGUACCCUGGAGGAAGUCGAAGAAAUUUUCACCCAAGGCCACCUAUUCUCAGCUUGGAAGAUCGGAAGCGAUGUGGGGGCUAAGACGGUCGCCGAUGUGAAGAAGCCGACGGAUGAACACUCUGUCGAUGAGAAGAACUCCGCCUGA